GCAGGACCCACAGUCGCAGACCCACGAUCGAUCCCUGGCAGUAUCCUCUCAUUCCCAUUUGCAAUAAAUCACGCAUACCCUAUAAGUCUAUAGGCUAUGCCUACGUCAUUCCAAUUCCAAAACAUAUAAACAGAAAAAAAUUCGGAUAUAUAUACAGAAAAUGCUUCAGAUGAAGGGCAAAUCCAUUUAUUUCUAAGCAGCAGCGGAAAAAUAAGAAGGGAAAAUUCUCAACGCGUUUGGGGGACCCUGGGCUUGUUUGACAAAGAAAAGAAAGAAGAGGACGUAUUUAGGAAUAGCGUUAAUGGCGGCAUUGUCAUUCUUCUGCUGAAGAAGACGAAAAAGGUAAGACUCAUUUAUAAUCUAUUCUGAGAAUUAGUCGUUUGCUUGCUGUAUAGACGAGGAAAUAGUCGACUGAUAUUUGGGAAAAAAAGGCGAGGGUUAUUUUCUGGUAUCUGUUGAGGGUCGACUAUUUUGAGAUGUAUUAUUUUUCUGGGUCGAUUUUAAGGGAUCAAUUUACUAAAUAAGCAUAUUUGAGGCAAUCUAAGGGUUGGAUUUUGUGUUUUGCGCGACUUGUAUAAGUGAGCCCACAAAACGAUUGGCCCGUGUUGCAGUAUUUUUGAAUAAAAAAAAGCAGAGUUAUCUAGUGCACAACCAAUUGCCCUGCUCGUUCUGCAACAUUUUUAGGAAAACAGGCAGGGUUAUUAAGUGCAUAAAUCAAUUGCCCUGCCUUUUCUGCUUCAUUUUUAAGAAAACAUGCUGGGUUAACGAGGUCGCAAAUCAAUUGUCCUGUUUAUGCUGCGAUAUUUUUGAAGGCGAGUGCAUGAUUAUUGACUACCUUGAAAUUGCAGCUUUUUGGUGAGAAUUGAGUGUUCUUCGUGCAAUUUAGAGGAGGAGAUGGUUAUAAAUAAAAUUACAGGGGCACUGUAGCUCUUUGCUGAGAGUUGAGUAUUCUGGCAUAUUUUAAUGAGGAAAUGGUUAUAGAUAAUCCUUGACUGACUAUUGUUAUUCUUUGGUGAGAAUUGAGUAUUCUGCCAGAUGUUAAGGAAGGAAUGAUUAAUGAUAACCUUUGAAGGUAUAUUGUAGCUCUUUGGUGAUAUUUGAAUAGCCUGCUAAACCUAGGAUUUGGAAGAGAUAGUUUAGCAUUAUGCCAAAUUUCAAGAGGGAGAGGGCUAUAGGUAAUCUUGAAGGUGUAUCUUCGCUCAUUGGGUGAGAUUUAAGUUUUCUGUGUAAGCUGGGAUUUGAAGGAGUUGGUUUAGCAUUCUGCCAUAUAUCAAGGAGAUGGUCACACAUGGUGUAGCUCUUUGGUGAGACUUGAGUAUUCUGAGGAAUUGGAGAUUGGAAAGAACCGGUUGAUUAUUCGGUCAUAUUGAAAGAAGGAGAUAGUUACAAGUAAGUCAUAUGGUAGUUCUUUAGCGAGAGUUGAGUAUUCUGGGAAACUGGAGAAAUGAAGGAGCUGGUUGAAUAUUCUACCUUAUCUUGAGAAGAAGAUGGCAAUAGAUAAUUUUGAAGGUGUAUUACAACUCUUUGCUGACAACUGAGUAUAUUGCGAAAUCAGAGAGUUGAAGGAGCUGGUGGAUCAGUCUGCCAGGUUUCAAGGAGGUGUUUAUACAUAACCUUAGAACCCUAUUUUAGCUCUUGGGUGAGAGUUGAAUAUUCUACGAAAUCAGAGGGUUGAAGAAGACAGUCUAGUAUUUAGCCAGAUUCCAAGGAGGAAAUGGUUAUAGAUAAUAUGACAGAUGAAUUAUGGUUCGGGCGUUGAGUUUUCUGUGAAUUUGAGAGUUGAGAAUUUUACAGAAGCCGAGUAUUCUGCCAGAUUACAAGAAGGACGUGGCUAUAAAUGACAUUAAAGGUGGAGGAAGGUACGCUAAGGUUAAUUGAGGAGAUGAAUUCACCCAUGGAUGAUAUGAAUCUUCUGCGCCAGGCGCAGAGGCAUCAUCAUCUCAUGGUCAGAGAAAUAGGGGAGGAGAUUGAUCUUGAAAUGGGACCAGGGGAUGACGAUCCCGCCUUUACUGCCCCGGCUCUUGUAGGCGGCCUCCCACAGGACCACCCAGAUGACCACAAGCAAUUGAUCAUGGGUGAUCAUGGGGACCUGACUGUAAAGAUUCAUCAGCACCAUCAGCAGCAGCAGCAAGGGCUUCAGCAGCAGGGCCUCCUUCAGCAGACACAGCGAAAAAAGAAAAAGGUUGUGAAGAAGUGGAGAGAUGAGUGGGCAGAUACUUAUAAGUGGGCCUAUGUGGAUGUGUACGAAGGGACUACUAGGAUUUUCUGUUCUGUUUGUAAGGAGUAUGGGAGAAAGCACAGAAGAAACCCCUAUGGUAAUGAGGGCAGCCGGAACAUGCAGAUGAGUGCCUUAGAGGAGCAUAAUAAUAGUCUGCUUCACAAAGAGGCCUUGCGCCUUCAGGCUGCUAGUAAAGAUAAAUCCAUUUCUUCCUUGGAGAGGCCAAUCUAUGUUAAAGGUAACCGGGAUCACCUAGCCUCCAGUGACCGGUGCGAAGAAUUUCUCUGCAGCCGAGCUUUGAACUCAGGCGUCCUAAUAAAUCCAGCACUUUUAUGUAAAAGUGCUGAAUCAAUUGUGGAGGCUGUGAUUAGGAAAGAUCCUCACGAAGUGGAGUUUAUACAAGCAGUACAAGAAAUUGUGCAUUCUUUAGAGCCAGUACUCUCCAAAACCCCACAGUAUGUUCACAUAUUGGAGCGUUUGUUAGAGCCAGAACGGGUGAUUAUUUUCAGAGUUCCAUGGGUUGAUGACAAGGGAGAGACCCAUGUUAAUCGAGGAUUUCGUGUACAGUUCAGCCAAGCGCUGGGUCCUUGCAGGGGUGGCCUUCGUUACCAUCCAUCCACAACACUUAGUGUUGCCAAGUUUCUAGGUCUUGAGCAGACUUUUAAAAAUGCUCUCUCACGAUACAGAUUUGGUGGUGCUGCGGGGGGUAGUGACUUUGAUCCAAAAGGCAAAAGUGACAAUGAGGUAAUGCGAUUUUGUCAAAGCUUCAUGGAAGAGAUUUACCGUCAUCUUGGUCCUAGUCAGGAUCUGCCUUCAGAGGACAUGGGUGUUGGUCCUAGGGAAAUGAAUUACCUCUUUGGUCAGUACCGGCGUCUGGCUGGCCAAUUUCAGGGUAAUUUUAUAGGACCACGAAAUUGCUGGACAGGCUCUGCUUUACGUACUGAAGCUACUGGCUAUGGAUUGGUACAUGCACUUGUGUAUUUUGCACAAAUGAUACUUCUCCAUAUGGACAGACAACUGAAAGGCUUGAGAUGUGUUGUUAGUGGGGCUGGAAAGAUAGCAAUGCAUGUUUUGGAAAAGCUCCUUGCUUUUGGGGCUGUUCCUAUAACAAUAUCAGAUUCUAGAGGUUAUUUGCUUGAUGAGGAUGGAUUUGACCUUGUCAAAUUGGAUCUUUUAAAGCAAAUUAAGGUCCAGCAGCGAAGCUUAAGGGAGUAUCUCAAAACAUAUACAAGAGCCAAGUACUUUGAUGAGGCAAAACCAUGGAAUGAGCAAUGCGAUAUAGCAUUCCCAUGUGCGACUCAAAAUGAAGUGAAUCAUGCCGAUGCAUUGAAUUUGGUCAACUCUGGGUGCCGAAUUUUAAUAGAAGGAUCAAAUAUGCCCUGCACAGCUGAAGCUGUAGAUGUUCUCAGGAAAUACAAAGUUCUUGUAGGACCAGCGAAGGCUGCUACAGCUGGUGGAGUGGGAGUUGCAGAACUUGAGGCAUAUCAGGAUGGCAAUCUAAUUCAUUGUUCACCAGAAGAAAUUGUACAGGAGUCUAUGAAACAUAUCUAUGACCUUUCUAUAAAGACAGCCAUUGAUUAUGGUUUUCUUAAAGAGAAUCCAGAGUGCUUAGGUCACGGUGGGAAUAUUGCUGCUUUUUUGAAUAUUGCACGGGCCAUGAUAGAUCAAGGCUGUGUUUAAGCUUACAUUGACAAAACAAACAGGCGGGCCCUUAUGCCCUCCAUAUUUAUUCUUUUGCCAGACCGAGGAUGCCAAUGCCAUCCAGAAAUGAAGCCUUCUGUACAAGUACCAUAGCUGCUUGGAUGACUUCCUUUUAUCAUUUAUGUAUCGAUGCAGUGGACAUCCUGAGCUUCAGAUGUUUUUGUUGAGGAAGUGAGUCAACUCCAGUGCAAGCUUCUGCCACAGUUCACAUUGAUUUUAUAAAAUGCUGGCACAAGACUCCUCAGGGUCUCCCAUUGAAAUGAUUUGGUCGGUCAUGUAAAUUAUGUUCUUCAUUGGGCAACUAAUGUCAGGUUGAAGAACACAUUAUGUACAAAAUGGAUGGAUUGCAUCGCUUCAUUUUGACUGUAGGGGGUCAAAAGACCAAAUUUUUUACGAGAUAUGGAAAAGUGAAGCAUGUUUCUGUGACGAGAAAUAGCAAGCUUUAGUCAUAUUUCAGUGCCUACUUGUCUUAGAAGUCAAGUUGGCUGUAUUAAUGCUUUUUCCUUAAUUAUUUAAUGAGGUUAUUUAUCCAUGCAUCUUGCAUGGUGCAUGAACU